CAACAGCCUGGAGCACUUCCUGCACUCCACAGAGGUUAAAUACCUGCAUUAACCAAAACUUAGUUGGAACUGAAGAAGCCUCUUGAAUGAGAAAAUGAAUCAUCUUCAAGAAACUACAACCAAGUCCAGUUGCUCCUGAUAAAACUGAUGACCCAGGAUUAACAGACUUUUUCCUCACCUAAUAGUCAGCUAGCUAAAGGAUUCAGCUCCUCUCAUUGGUUUGUGCUGCACAAAGGAGUUAUCUAAUUCAGCAAAAGUUCUUGUGUGGACAAACAAUAUCCAGCAGAAUACGAUGAGCCUGAUCUACUGCUGCGGUACUUUGGUCCUGCUCCUUCUCAUUCCAAGAGUCUGUCAAGCUGGAAACAUCUUGGUUGUUCCCGUGGAAGGCAGCCACUGGUUAAACAUGGAUAUUCUACUUAAAGCUCUGCACUCAAGAGGACACAAUAUAACCAUCCUGCGUACUAGCAGAAGCUGGUACAUUCCAUACAACUCCUCUGAUUACAACAUUGUCACAGUCCAAACGGAGAAGAGCUUGGAUCAGGAAUUCAUCACAAAUGCUGUAUCUCUGUGCAUUGAAUAUGAGAGGGGCACUAUUUCCUUACCAACUUUUCUUCACAUGAAGGUAGUAUUGUUUGGCCUAGCAAUUAAAAUUCACGAAACAGUGGGUGAAUUUGUAUCGAAAACUAUAGAUGACCAAGAGUUGGUGAGAAACCUGAAAGACAGCAAGUUUGACCUGUUACUCACUGAACCCUGCUUGGGAGGUGGAGUCAUUUUGGCCAAAUAUUUUAACCUUCCUUUGGUUUUCAACGUUCAGCUCAUGCUAGGUUCAGAAGCUCAUGCUGUUAUUGCUCCUUCACCUAUAUCAUAUGUUCCCAUGACAGGAUCUGGCAACACUGAUAAAAUGAACAUUUUACAAAGAGUUAAAAACAUGGGCAUCUAUCUCUUAACCCAAACACAAUACCACUUGGUGGUUAAGCAAACUUACCAGAGGAUAUGUGACAAAUAUCUUGGGCCUGAUAUUGAAUAUCACCAGUUGGUGCUGAACGCAGACAUUUGGUUGAUGAGAACUGACUUUGUGUUUGAGUAUCCACGUCCAACUAUGCCUAAUGUUGUGUACAUGGGAGGGUUCCACUGUAGACCUGCAAAACCACUUCCUGAACACUUGGAGGAGUUUGUGCAGAGCUCUGGCGACCAUGGAGUCAUCAUCAUGUCUCUGGGGACUUUUGUGAGUCAACUUCCUGCUGACAUGACAAACGAAAUCGCUGCAGCUUUUGCCAAAUUACCUCAGAAAGUCAUCUGGAGGCAUAAAGGUGACAGACCAGCCACUCUGGGCAACAACACUUUACUAGUGGACUGGAUGCCACAGAAUGACCUCCUGGGACAUCCAAAGAUUAAACUGUUUGUGGCUCAUGGAGGAACCAAUGGAGUCCAAGAAGCUAUUUAUCAUGGAGUCCCAGUAGUGGGUCUACCUUUGUUCUUUGACCAGUACGACAACCUGCUCCGCCUGAAAGAGAGAGGAGGGGCUAAAAUUCUUACAUUAGCCACAGUGGACGAAGAGAACUUCCUGGAGAAUGUACAAGAAGUCCUGAAUGAGCCCUCCUACAGGAUGAACAUGCAGAGACUCUCCUGGCUGCACAGAGAUCAGCCAACAACACCACUGGAUAAAGCCCUCUUCUGGAUAGAGUUCGUCAUGAGGCACAAAGGUGCAGCUCAUCUGAGAACAGAAUCCUACAGACUGCCCUGGUAUUCCUACCACUCUGUAGAUGUAGUGUUGUUCCUGGUUGGAGCAGUGCUACUUGUCCUCUUAUUUAUUUUCAUCUUGAUGAGGUGUUUAUACGCGGCACUGUGUAAAUCUAAAGUGAAACGAGAUUAAUUCAGGGGACUGAUAUCAGUGCAAAUGAUGACUUUGACAGCCAAACAAGGGUAGGAUUUGUACAGGCAGUUUGUAAUAUGCCUUUUCACUUAGUUUCAUAUUGAAGUAUGUGGUUUCAAUUUCUCAUAUAAUCAUGUAUUAACAUAUACUCUGUUUAAAUUGUGUUUCUGGUAUGUGGAAAAGACUGUUUACGAGAUGUAAUAAUUAGUUGAGCCUGGGGUAGAAAAGCAGAUGAGGGAAGUGUGGUUUAGAAGGGGUUAAUGAACAGCUGGUUUUAUUAGGGGUAGUAAGACAUUUGGGCAGGGAAGAAGGAUUCAGGGAGAUGAUGAGGCCAACAUUCUUGGUGACCUAGCCGCCUUGGCCUAUCUAUUUAAGAUGUCUUUUCUGUAUGAUCUGGGUAUUCAAACUUGUUAUAUUUGAAUGAUUAUUUGUUCAUUUCUCAAGGAAAACAAAGAUUUCCACCACACAGUAAAUUAGCUGUAUAACUAUUAUUAUCAUGACAAAGAUGGUACAAAUAAAAAAUUAGGGAAGAAUUUAAA